AUGCUAUCACCACGAGAAGUGGCCGAAGACGAGUCCAUCUUCCGCCCCGACGGGUUUAUCAAGUUCCCCCGUUCCGAUGGCGACCCGACCUACGGGCCACCCAACACUGCCAUCCCAUCUAAAAGUGACGCCGAAGUAAAUUACUAUCAUGUCUUCAAGCGCGAAGAAAGAAGGCAUGACACUUGGCGGGCAGCGCUCGGCGAACAACUGGCCCAGUACUUUAAGCUCGACACACUCUCCCGCGGCAAGGCCAAAUGGAAGUUAUACGAUUUCCCGGAGCAUUACUUCUUCACAGAGCAGCGCAAAGGCCCGGCAUACGAUCCGCGCACUGACCCAUACCUCUUCGGCAGCAACGCCCAUCGCUUCCGAUCCACCAAGGAAGCGCUUGACCACUUUGUCUGGCUCCUGCUCGACCCAGAAAUGAACGCGGCAAACUGUCGCUGCAAGUACUGCCACAAGGGGCCACGUGCUUCCACAGGCGGCGACGCCACACCCAAAAAAGCGGCUGGCGUCAAGCGCAAGGGAGAGCAUGUAAGCGCAUCCAGCGCUGCUCAGGUGAGCCGUCGCAGAAAGUCGCAAAACGCGGACGGCACCGAGGUGCAAGCUCUCACGUCGAUCGCGGUGCGCGGCGUCGACAUGAAGCGACUUGUGCCAGGCGACACGAUCGCGUCGGUCCCUCAACGAGAUCAGGAAAUGAUGCACCAGCUCAAACGUGGCGAAAAGGAGCGCUUCCGCGUCGGGGAGCUGGUCUGGUGCGUACUCGACCAGCCUGUCGUCGAUCCCACCGAGUCGACAAGGCAGAUUGCGUCGUGGCCAGCCGUGAUCCUCGACCCUGCGAUCGAGUUUACCACGAUGCUCGGGUACGCCCCCGACGACGAUGACGAAAAGACGAGUCUUGAAAUGGUGUCAGCGCCCAGGAGACUGGCCGAGUCACCACCUGUGCUCGGAAGUGCAGAUUCCAUCAAGCAGUCAAUGGCGUACCAGAUCACGUUCUUUGGCACCAUGGAGAAGGUCCGAGUGCCCGAAACCUCUUUGAUACCUUAUUUAGUCGGGUCCAUUCCCGAAGAAAUCAUCGAGAGCAGCAUGGGCACGCACGAGGAUCACGCCUGGCUUUUCAGAGACCACGAGUACCCGCAUCUCAACCUGGCGAGGCAGCCCGAUCUCAGCCCACCCAACUAUACCCAGGCGAUCGUGGCGCUCGGUUUCGCCAUCGAGGCAGCGGCGGUGCUGCGCAACCUAUACAAUCUGACGGAUGCCUAUUCAGGGUCGGACACCCCGCAGGGGGUUCUGCGCGAUUUGGGCGCGAGAGUGAACGUGGGCAAUGGAGACGGCCAGCCUGCUCCCGGUAUGCGCUACUUUCAAGGCAUGUAUUUCGGGCUGGAGCGCAUCUGGGUAGGCGACGUGGUGCGCCUCAAGCUGUCGAAAAGUGACAUUAAGAAGCUUCAGCAGCAGCUCAACGCGAUGCUGGUGGCCGACACGCAGUCGGGCGCACCGGAUGCGGUGGCAAUCAUUCUCGACGAAGACAGUUCGUAUGUGCUGCAGCUAGCGGCCAUUUACGAGGAUCCUCGAGCGCCCAAAACGGUGCGUGUAGCGGGCGAGAUCUACCAAAUCAUGCCGCAGGCCAAGUACGAUGCGGUCAAGGCCGAUAUUGAAGCAAGCGUCAAGCGACUCGAGGGGGAUGACAGUCUGGACGCGGCAGCGCGUCAGGAAGAGGCCAGGCAGUUGCAGGCGAGACUACCGCAGCCGAGCGUGCUGCACGGCAAGCCGGGAUUCCCACCGAUGCCACCGCUUCCGGCUGGAUUUGUGAUGGUCUCGCUCAGUGAUCGGCUACAGACACGCAUCCCGCGCGAGACGACGCUGACCAUUGGACACAUGGCGGGCAGGAUCUAUCCUUCGCUGGGAAUGCAUUCGGACGGGCCACGUGUAGCCGAGCAGAUCAAGCAGACGCCUGCGGACAAGAAGGUGGCAGCGGACGAGGACUCGCAUGUGGAACUGAGGGCGCGGCUGAGUGUGGCGGGUCUGCUGUCGGGCUGUGUCAAGGCGAUGCGGGGCAGCAGCGUGGCUACGUGGACGCGCACAGCGAGCUUCAAAGGUGCGCUGGCAGUAGCACGAGCGAAACUCAAGACCGUACUCCUAGGUGAAAUUGGUGACUCGGAAGAGGAGGCAGAGGAGAAGGUGGGCGCCUCGCCGGUUAAGGCUCCGGCCAAGAAGAAGAUGAAAACAGCAACUGCUGUUACAGCGGGUACCGAGAUGCCGAGCAAGGCUGGCACAGGUGCAGCAGCAGACGCGAAGUCUCGAAACGGCGCCGAGACGGUGAACGGGGCAGCGAUGCAAUCACAGGCGUCUUCAGGAGCGCAACACUCGACAGCGACAGCGCCAGCAGCCGCAGUGGCAGUCACACGGGAUGCGGGAAUGACUCCCAGCUCCGAAGACGACUCGCCCCUCCCUCCUGGUUGGGUUCCACGAAAGUCGAGAAACCUCGGCAGCUACUACUACGUCCACAUCGAGACGAAGAAGACGCAGUGGGAGAGGCCUACGGUCUGA